UCCCACAGGAGGUCGAGAUCAAUGGGACAUCAGAACUUCAUGAGUAUAGAGUUACAACAAAUAGAGGGGAUGACCUCGGAGUUCACACUCCAGCUGUUAGACCAUAUUACAAAUCAUUUUUCUGAGGAGAGCAUAAUUGGCCGUGGUGGGUCUGGAGUAGUUUACAAGGGUGUAUUGGAUAACGGUGAAGAGAUUGCUAUGAAGAAGCUUCAUCAAAUGCCUGGGCUUGACGAGAAGCAAUUUACGAACGAAUUCAACAAUCUUAUGAGAGCGAAACAUAAAAAUAUUAUACGGUUAGUUGGCUAUUGCUACUAUCUAGGACAUGAACGUGUAGAGCACAAAGGAAAAUAUGUUUUUGCUCAUGUGCAAGAAAGACUACUCUGUUAUGAAUACUUGCAAGGUGGAAAUCUCGACCAGCAUCUUUCUGAUGAAUUAUGCGGACUUGACUGGCACACACGGUACAAAAUAAUAAAAGGUGUAUGCGAGGGUUUAAAUUUCCUCCAUACAGGAUCAGAAGAUCCUAUCUGCCACUUGGAUUUAAAACCCGCAAACAUACUGCUGGACAAAGAUAUGACACCAAAAAUUGCAGAUUUUGGUUUGUCCAGACUCUUUGCUUCCGCACAGACCCAUAUCACAACCAAGGGUCUAAUUAAUGCAAUGAAAGUUGGUUAUGGCAUGUUGGUAGCAACCUAG